AUGAGUUCUGGAUCCAAGGGCUGGCUCCCAACAUCACCUUUUAAUACUACCAGUACCUUCAUUCCCCCUGCAAAACAAUGUUUACAACAACAACUUCAGAAACCAGCAAAACCUACUAUCACAUCCCCAAUGGAAAGACAACUUCCAGAAAAACAAGUACUUGCAGACCUCAAAGCAGCAAUACAAGCAAGACUCGACCUUACAGAUGAUAAUCAAGCCAGCCCUAGCUUAGAGCACUGUGCAAUCAUUCUUGAAGCUCUACAAAAUCCUCAAUCAAAUACUAUUGUCAUCAUUGGUAUCAUACCUGCAGAGUACGCAGUGGUAUUAGCAUUUACAUCUGAAGAGAGAGAUUUUGAAGUUCGAGCAAAGUAUGCACUAUCAUCAGCUGACACCCAAGAACUUCAGAUCAUGCCUCCCCUCCCCAUCCAUGAACAACCAGCUGCCCACCUCUCUAAGGCCAUCAACAAAUACACAGAUAACCUUCCAUAUGACAAGCUCUUGAUCGACGUUACCAUGCACCUCAACUACCGCAUUCAAAACAAAGACAUGACAAACAUUCCAGAUUUAUACCUCGCUGUCACAAUACAACCACCAGAGGACGACAGUGUGGAUGACAUCAAAAUUCUGAAGCCCAUCUCCAAAUGGGUUGGAGAGUGCGGGCUUUCGUCAGACUAUAACUUCAUGGUAUGGAAACUGAGCGGCACAUGCAAUGGCCAUCGCGACAUUGAUCUUGCUCUGAUCAUGGAGUUCAAAGAGCGGGCUACAUGGCAACAGCCCAAGGAGAUGAGCAUCACUGCUCAAACUCUUUGUAUGAGUCCCACUUUGGAUUACAAAGAGUUCAUCCCUACACGCAUCAAGAAGAGUCUGAAGUUCGGUCCGGUCAUCAUUCACUCUCAUGUGUGGAUUGACAUUAGCGAGGUUCAAUACACUGUGUUCAGACAUGGUGUGGACGGCCACUUUGAUUUUAACAGCAAGAAUCCAGACACGUUUGCAGAGGGGAUGUCUGACAUCGAACAUAUAUUGAGGGACGGCACCAACACAUUGAAAGGGUACAUUAUUUCCUUGAUGGAGGGGAUGAAUUUAGAGGCAUCUGAAAUCCAGCUUGUGCAUGAAUCCAAUCCUGUUGUAGGACUUGGGGUCCUUGUAGCCUCAUAG